AUUGAUUCAAACAACAUAGCAACAGAUCAGAGAUGGCCGACGGGAAUGCCCAAUCGCGCUAUGUCAAGCUCCAAAAGGAUCAAGCUCCUCUCGAAGAUAUCGCCCCUGGAGAACUCAAUCAACCCAUUCAAGUCCCUCAGAUCAAUCCUCUUCGUCUUUCCGUCAUGAAUCUUUUGGAUAAAUCAAAGCAGGCCAGCACUUGGUGUAUAGAAGAUUCCUCGUUUCUACGAGUACGAUUUCCUUCUUUUAUUCCUUUUUCAAUUUCACUCCUGAUUAUUUGGGUUGUUGUUUAGUUGAAUGUACAUAGAUGCGCAGAAUGUGGACAAAUUUUACCCGAAAGCUAUGAGCCCCCUGCUGAUGAAGAUUGGACUACUGGGAUUUGUGGUUGUGCCGAAGAUACAGAGAGUUGUAAGAAUUUCGUUUUCUUUAUUCCUUUCAAGCUGGACUGGACUCUUUUGCCCUUGUGUGCUGUUUGGGCAUAAUGUUGAAACCCUAAGAGAAGAAAUUCCUUGGACUAAUGCAUGUGUUUGUCAUGCCUUGUGUGUUGAAGGAGGAAUGGCUCUAGCAGCAGUAACUGCACUUUUCAAUGGUAUUGAUCCUCAGACGAUGUUUCUGAUCUUUGAGGGCCUCUUUUUCACUUGGUGGAUGUGUGGAAUCUAUACUGGCAUGUUUCGUCAAUCACUACAAAAGAAAUAUCAUCUCAAGAACUCUCCUUGUGACCCAUGCCUUGUGCACUGCUGCAUGCACUGGUGUGCUUUGUGUCAGGAACAUCGAGAAAUGAAAAAUCAUCUAUCUGAUGAUGAAAAAAUGCCAACAUUUGUCAACCCACCACCGGUUCAGGAGAUGAACUCUGGUGAAAGUAAGGAGUCUGAACCAUCAGCAACAUCUUCUGAACAUGGUGAACAUAUCAAUUUGGAGUUGCAGCCUGUUGAGAAUAGGUGAUUGACUAUAUAUUGGUCAGCAAAAUUGUUCACAACCCCCUCCGCCCAGCAUUUUUCACCUUCCAAAUAUUUUCUGUAAGCCUUUAGCCAAACAACUUAAUUAAGUAGGAAAUUUUGAUAGCAGGUGGCAUCAAAAGGUGAGUAUGUUGGAUUUAGACCAUUUCUGAAUUUAUAAGACUGAGUCUUCCAUGUCCUUCUGAAAAGUGAAAGUGAAGGUGAAGGUUAAGAACCUCAAUAGAUUUAGAAAUCGAAGCUCAAGUUGUGAAAGGUGCACUAAUUCUAAAUAAAAUAGGAUGAGGUUCCAGAAGGAUUUUUUUUUUUUUUUUUCUGAGCAAUGAUUCAGAAUAUAAUUGGGAUUCAAAUUGUCAACUCUA